ACACUGCGGAUUGAGUGACGAACGGCCACCCUGCGCUGGACCGAUGAUGUGGAUUUAAAAGUUAAAUAGUUUAAAAUUAGGAAUAACAAAUAAGAAUGGACAUCACCCAGACCUUCAAGGCCAGCGUUAUGACGGUGCGCCUCCAGCGAAAGGCUGAGCUGGCCAGCAAGGCGAAAAUAGCCACAGUGUCAACAAAAACUGGAUCAACAGGCCCAAAGGAUGAUUUCGCCAAGAAGGCUAAGGAGGUGUGCAAUAAGAUCACAGCCCUACGCAAUGUACUGAUCGAGAAUCGGACCGCCUAUAUGCGCAUUGGCCAGCAUCUUAAGUCCGCCGCUCACAUGACCGACGCACAGCGGGAUCUUAUUGAUCGAGAGUCGGAGAAGUUUGUCACCUUCUACACGCAGCACCUGGCCAAGAUGCGCAGCGACUGGAAGGGUGCCAAGCGGAAGCCCCAAGAACGCCAGCACAUAGAUGCCGUACUCGACCUGCUGGUCAGCUAUUUGCACAGUGUGGAACAGAUCUAUCUAGACCAGAAAAAGUACCGGGUGCAGCACGAAUUGGAGACCUAUAGGCUGCUUAAGCUGGCGGCGGACAAAAAAAAGAUUCCAGUGCGUCCGGCGGGUAUUAAUAGUGGCAAGCUGGGCAGGCGCCAAGUUAGCCAUGAUGAGAGCGAACCCACAGAGGGGACUUCUCCUUCGGAAAAUGGUAAACCCAACGAAUCUGCCGACAACGACUGGAACAACGACGGCUGGGGAGAAUGGGAUGAAGAUGAGGAGGAAGCCGAGGUAGAUGACCACGAUGGACAGGAGGAGAAGGAGGUCGCCAAGGUCAGCCAACAUAAACCCCGUACGCGUAAACGAAGCAACCCCAAUAGAUCGGUUCUAAACGACUCAUCCGCGAAGGUGGCUAUGGAUGAGGAGCUCCAGAAGCAGCAGGAGGCCGACGAUGAUGAACCACUGAGCCCAGAGGAUGUGCAACUUUUUGAAGCGGAAAAUGUACACAUCUAUAACUUUCUUCAGGGCGUCUCCGAAGAAGUGGAGCAGAUCGAAAAGAAUGUGGUGGACAUUGCCCAGUUGCAGGACAUUUUCACCGAGAAGGUCGCCAUGCAACAGCACAAUAUCGACAGAAUUGUCAGCGCCGUCGUUGGCACCACGGAAAAUGUCAAGGACGCCAACGAGCAAAUCCGCCAGGCCACUCAAAGAAAUGCUGGUCUCAGGGUGUGGUCCCUGUUCUUCUUGCUGGUCAUGUCGUUCUCACUUCUCUUCUUGGACUGGUACUACGAUUAAGUGAAACCCCCAAUAAAUUUUUUGUAUAUCACAUUUCAGAAAUGAAUCAGCAAACAUGUUUGUUAUCGUUGGAUCGCAUAUUUUGUUUAUUACAUAAUUUAUAAAUAAAAAGAAAAAAUAUCUGUAUAGGCUACUUCAA